AUGAGCUCUGAUAGAUCUUCCAGGGGUAGAAGUGCCGUUCCAAGAGGCUUCUCCAGAUACUACGUUCUGGAGCUUUUAAGGAAGGAGCCUCACACCGGCAAGCAGAUCAUAGACUGCGCGUCCGAACAGAGCCAGGGAAUCUGGAAGCCGUCACCGGGACUGGUCUACCCGUUGCUGGGCAGGCUGCUGGAUGAGGGCCUGAUCGAGGAGAUCGAAGGCGGCAGAUACCAGAUGACAGAAAAAGGGCAUAUCCACCGCAGAGGACAUAGACAAGAUAAACGACACGAUCAAAAAGCAGAUUGA